AUGAGAAAGAGGGCGCUAGUAACAUCCGCCACCCAAGUGCAAGUCAUAGCCACCGCCGACGCCGAAAAAGAGCAUCUAGUGGGGACCCUGAACAACUUACUUCCAGAGCUCAGCAAAGCCACGGACAGAGUCGCAAUCAUAAAGGUGAAAUUCGAGAAUGGGUUCGCCUCGCCCAAGGAACGACUUCGUGACAUCCAUUCCAGCAUCAUGAAGAGUAUCGAAAUCCUGCGAUUAGUUUACUGCGACCUUCAGUCUCUCCUUCGAAACACAGAAGAUAUUAUGCAUGAUUCGAAUUUGCAUUGUGUUUUGAAUGAGGGGGGAGUGGCUCUUGCUACGAUGUCUACAUAUAGAGAGACGGAGGACGGGCUGCGAGCGUUUUGUAGCAAGGUUGAAGAGUACGCGGAUCAAGUGAAAGAAGAAGAGAUACAAUUGGCGAAGGGUCUGCGAGCUCUUUGGAAUUUGAAGGAUAAAGCGGAGAGAGUUUUGCAGAACCCGGGUACCGUGAAGAACGCGGCUCUAAAGAGGAUGCUGAACAAGAUAUCAGAGGUAUUGGAUGAAGUCACCGAUGCCCUCGAACUAACAAGAAUGUGGAUUGCGCUCCAAUGGACAUCAUGGCAGGAAGAAAUACGUAUUCACUUGGCGUAUGAGGUUCAGAGCGAUUUCGAACAGCGUCAAGAGGAUCUCGAGAGGUGGAAAGCAUUACUGCAAGGAGAAGAACAUGCCGAUAUCGCUUGGAAUGCAGUGAGACAAACGAUUGCAACUGCUCAAGAAGGCUUGAAGAAAGCAUGGACAGAGGUCGAAGCUGUUCAACUACGCCUUGUAGUGGAUGUGUACGAGACCCGAUCGAUACCGGCUGCAGUGGAAGAGCUUGGAGAUAUCAUUCGGGCGCUGUUGGAUGUCAGAACAAAGAUACUAGCUGGGUUUGGCAAGAAAACAGUCAGCUACAAUUUAAACGAAGUCCUUGCACUCUUACCUUGA